AGGAGCACGCACCGCAAGCGUGUUGUUUAUAGCGUCCAUGCUGAAUAUGAUCGUUUGAGAGCUUGUACACGGGAGACAUCCACAAACAGCUUCUUGACGGUUAACGUCCGUCACUGACGCCUGCCUGUGUUUUAUCCCGUGCUCUGAGGUCACUGGCCCGCCGCCAUGAAGAUCAAGCGGCAGAAGCAAGCGAAGAAGACGAUCAGCUUCUACAAAUACAAUUUCGGCUUCAGGGAACCCUUCCAGAUUCUCAUCGAUGGCACUUUCUGUCAGGCGGCCUUAAAGAACAAGAUUCAGAUCAAAGAGCAGAUGCCCAAAUAUCUAAUGGGAGAGGUGCAGCUGUGCACCACCAGCUGUGCACUGAAAGAGCUGGAGACGCUCGGAAAACAGCUGUACGGAGCCAAAAUCAUCCUGCAGCGGUUUCAGGUCCGGAAAUGUCCGCAUUUCAAAGAGCCAGUCUCCGCUUCAGAGUGUCUGCUGUCCAUGCUGGAAGAGACCAACCCGCACCGCUACUUCGUUGCCACACAGGACUAUGCAGUCACCACAGGGCUGAAGAAAAUCCCAGGUGUUCCUCUGCUUUACAUCAUCCUCAACACCAUCGUACUGGACAAGCCCAGCCAGGCGUCCCUCGACCACGUCCAGGCCGUCCAGCUGGGAGAGCUGGUCAGCCCGGCCCAGCAUCACAGCAUCCGCACCCUGAAAGAGGAGCAGGGCAUCGGCCAGAAGGACGGAGAGAGGCGGGGGAAGAAGAGGAAGCGGAAACAGAGCAACCCCAAUCCCCUGAGCUGCCUGAAGAAGAAGAAGAAAAAAGGAAUACCGACGCCACCGCUGAAGAAUACGGAGCAGGAGGGGAAGAGGAAAAGAAGCCGACACAAGAAACGAAAAGCGGAGGCAGGAGAGAGCACGGCUGUUCCUGCAGCUGCAAAUACACAGAGCAGCAGGAAGACAGAGACUUAAACCUUCUCCAUGCACCUGAUUUACAUGUUUACUUUUUGAUGUGACUGCAGAGAAAAAUUGUUUAUUACAUAAAUGCAAUUUUUAAAAGGCCAUUUUGUAGUGGUUUUUGUUUUAUUUUGAAAAAACCUACAGGCAAGGGACUGAAACUGUUCUGAGACAACAUUUUUAGAAUUUCUUUUAUACAAAAAAAAAAAAAGCAGGUUUCAUUACAGGCACAUAGUUUCAAAUAUAAGAUGCACA